GAACAAUCCGAAUACGAUGCAGUGUUUGCUGAUGAUUUUGUGUAUUAUUUGUAUGACCGCAACUUCAGAAACUAUCGAGGAAGAACGAGUAAAGGAGUUGGUACGAGACUGGGCACCUCUGGUAUGGCUUGCACCUGGUGAGUUGUUUCUACCCCUUGGGGUACCCGAGUUUCUCGACAACAUGCAGUCGGACGACGAUUACCUUCGCACCAGAAUCGACGUAGAGAUACUGCUGAGGAACCGAUCGUCGUUCUUGUACGGCAGAAAGCCAGCGGGCACGGUGCCAGUUUAUGCUGUGAUCAAGAAUUGCGCCACUUCGGACACUACCAUAAAUGUGAUCAAUCUAAAAACCAUCAGAGAUGAAAGAAAGUUGCGUAGAAAAAAAGAUGAAACAUCGAUAGUAUCAAGAAAUGCGCUACAGACUGAUCCAGAUUUUGGAUCGUCAAUGAUCCUUACCAAUGAUGUACCAGGUACAAUCUGGAACGGUGCUACUAAAGCUGGUGCAGAGAAAGCUGGGGAUUUUGAAAUGAAUAAGAAAAAAGGGAACAGAUCCCGGAAGCUACACUUUCACGUGACCUAUUGGAUGUUCUAUCCGUUUAGCGAGGGAAAGGCAGUUUGCGUUCUGGAUCUCGGAUUUUUUGGUAGUUGGCCGAUACCUACUGUGGGCGGUAUGUGCUUUGGAAUGCUGAAGGAGUACGGGAACCACGUGGGCGAUUGGGAACACAUGAGCUUUUACUUUAAGGAUGUUAGUUACCCUUCAGCGAUGUACGUGUCCGCUCACGAUGCGGGAGCGUUCUACCGAUACGACCUACGAAGCGGUACAUUCGUAUAUGAAAGUCAAGAAACGAGAAAAGGCAUCUUCCAGAAGCCUAUAUUCCCUGAAAGAGUAUUCACUGCUGGUGGUUCUCAUCCGAUACUGUUCAGCGCGAGAGGAUCUCACGGGCUUUGGACAGCGCCAGGGAAGCAUAAGUUCGUCAGAUUACCGCGUCUUUACGAUGAAAGUGGUUUUGGAACCGCAUGGCCAACGUGGAAGAAGAUGGAAUUGCUGCUGAAAGAGGAUAACAGUGUCUUACCUAGCUGGAUGACUUUCAAGGGUAAAUGGGGUAAUCCUAAAAGCAAUUGUCAUCCUUUGGCCAGGCUUGGUUUCAACAUCUGCGAAUUCGUUGACGGACCGACAGGUAUACCCAUGAAACGGUCGAGUUUUCGUUGCUGACGAUCAUUUCUUCUAUGUAUUUGUGUGAUGUUUUCAAAUGUAUUG